CCAGUGCUGUAUUGUGUUGGCGGCAAGCAGCACGAGUGUCUUCCCUUGUUGUUGGUUGCUUGUCGUUGUUGCCGCGCUUACUGGCCUUUUUCCCAUUCACUCGCUCUCGGCCAACCAACCGUCGUCGUCUCCGCCUUUGUUGUUCACGAACAACUGCGACUUUCGUUCCCUUCCGACCAAAAAGCCAACCAUGUCUGAUACCAAGGCCACAAACGUCACGGCUGUCAAGCACAACGUGACCCGCUCCAAGCGCGCCCAAAUCCUCGGUGUCGAUGUCAAGUUCCGUGGCUGCACCAUCUGGUUCACUGGUCUGUCUGGUGCUGGCAAGACCACGCUGAGCUUCGCUGUGGAGGCUGAGCUCUGCCAGCGUGGCAUCCCUUGCUACGGCCUCGAUGGCGACAACAUGCGCACGGGCCUGAACAAGAACCUGGGCUUCUCUCCCGAGGACCGCGCAGAGAACAUCCGCCGUGUCGGCGAGGUGGCCAAGCUCUUCGCCGAUGGCGGCAUCAUCGCCCUCGCCUCCUUCAUCUCCCCCUUCCGCGCCGACCGCGACAGCUGCCGCAAGCUGCACGAGGACGCCGGCCUCAAGUUCAUCGAGUGCUACGUCGGCACCCCGCUCGACGUGUGCGAGGCGCGCGACCCAAAGGGCCUCUACAAGAAGGCCCGCGCCGGCAUCAUCAAGGGCUUCACUGGCGUCGACGGCGUGUACGAGGCACCCGAGAAGCCGGACAUCACCGUCGGCACGCGCGGCGAGUCCGUCGCCGAGAACGUGCGCCAGGUGCUGGCUUACCUCGAGGAGGAGGGCAUCAUCCCCAACAUGCACCCUGCCGCGGAGGAGCUGUUUGUGCCCGAGGCCGAGGUCGCCGCCAAGACGGAGGAGGCCGCCGCCCUGCCCAAGCUCAACAUUGACAAGCUCACCACGCAGUGGCUGCAGGUGCUCUCCGAGGGCUGGGCCUCCCCCCUGCGCGGCUUCAUGCGCGAGAAGGAGUUUCUGCAGACCAUCCACUUCAACGCGCUGCGCAAGGCCGACGGCAGCAUGACCAACAUGUCCGUGCCCAUUGUGUGCCCGGCGACGACGGAGGAGAAGGAGCAGCUGAGCUCCGCCAAGGCCAUCACCCUGGUGUACGAGGGCAAGGACCUGGCCAUCAUGCGCAACCCAGAGUUUUUCGAGGCGCGUAAGGAGGAGCGCUGCGCGCGCCAGUGGGGCACCACGGAGGCCGGCCACCCGUACAUUGCCCAGGUGAUGGCUGCCGGCGACUGGCUUGUUGGCGGCGACCUGGAGGUGCUGCAGCGCAUCAAGUGGAACGACGGCCUGGACCAGUACCGCCUCACCCCAAAGGAGCUCAAGGCCGAGUUUAAGCGCCGCAACGCGGACGCCGUCUACGCCUUCCAGCUGCGCAACCCCGUGCACAACGGCCACGCCCUGCUCAUGCAGGACACGCGCCGCCGCCUCAUUGAGAAGGGCUUCCGCAACCCUGUGCUGCUGCUGCACCCGCUCGGCGGCUGGACCAAGGCCGACGACGUGCCGCUGCCCACGCGCAUGAAGCAGCACGAGUGCGUGCUCAACGAGGGCGUGCUGCCGGAGGAGUCGACGGUGGUGGCCAUCUUCCCCUCGCCCAUGAUGUAUGCCGGCCCCACGGAGGUGCAGUGGCACGCCAAGGCCCGCAUGAACGCCGGCGCCGACUUUUACAUUGUUGGCCGCGACCCGGCCGGCAUGAAGCACCCCGGCAAGGAGGACGAGAACCUGUACCACGCCGACCACGGCCGCGAGGUGCUGCAGAUGGCGCCCGGCCUUGAGAGCCUCACCAUCAUCCCCUUCCGCGUCGCCGCCUACAACAAGCAGAAGGGCAAGAUGGACUUUUUUGACCCGGCCAAGGCCGAGGACUUUGAGUUCAUCUCCGGUUCCAAGAUGCGCAAGCUUGCGCGCGAGGGGCAGAACCCACCAGACGGCUUCAUGUGCCCCUCUGGCUGGAAGGUCGUCUCCACCUUUUACCAGGAGCGCGCCAAGCAGCAGGCCGCUGCCCAGAAGUAAAGAACUCCCCCGAUCAUCCAUCCACUUUCAACAGCCUUCCUUUUGUGGAUAGAAGGGAAGCAGACAAGACAGACACCAGCAGCCUUGAUAGGCAUGUCUUCUUUGUGUGUUGUGUUGUUCGGUGGUGUUGUGUCGUCAUGUUUGUGGUGGAUGUGGUUGAUGUGGUCGUGUGGUUUGUUUGUUUUGUUGGCCGCUUUCGUUGUUUGUUAUGUUAGACUCUUUCCCUUUCGCGCCCGCUUUGUUGGAUGUCAAUCUGGGCAACUGUCGUGUUCUUGCGACCCCAUGUGUGCUGUUUGUUGUCGUUGUUAACAUACAACUCGAGCACGCAUGCCACGGAACAACGGGAGAGAAAGUGUGUG